CUAUAAGAGAUAUUCAGGAGAACUGAGGCCCAGUGUGUUUAUUUAAACAUUUAAACUCGGAAACGAAACUCACCAACAGAGGAAACAAGACAGUCUUCAUGCGAGAUUUGAGCAGUUCGCGAGAGUUUUAGUUAUCAGAGGAGACGACGGCAGUGAGUGUACAUCAGUACUGUCUGUGCAUUGAGGAAGAGUGUCAUUCCUCUGCAGGUGGAGGGAGCUUCUUCCACGAUGGACCCGUCAGAGACGACCAGAAAACGUUUAGAAGACUUUACUAGAAAACGAAAGUCAAAGGGUGCUGUGAAGAAGAUGGCAGAGAGCUGGAAAGAAGCAGAGCCUUUAUCCUGCUCCAUAUGCUUGGACAUACUGAGAAGCCCUGUGACUCUUCAUUGUGGCCACAGCUACUGUAAGGACUGUAUAAAUGGUUACUGGGACCAGGAGGACCACCGUGGUGUUUACAGCUGUCCCCAGUGUAGACACACUUUCAUCCCCAGACCUGUGUUGAACAAGAACACAGUGCUGGCUGAUUUGGCAGGGAAAAUGUCAGAGGCAGAAGCACCCACACCUCCUGAGAAGGAAGUAGUGGGCCCGGGGGAUGUGGAGUGUGAUUUCUGCACUGUGAAGAAGCUGAAAGCUGUCAAGUCUUGCCUGGUGUGUCUGGCUUCUUACUGUGCCACUCACCUGCAGCCACACUACGAGUCUGCUGCUUUCAAAAGGCACAAGUUAGUGGAGGUGUCUGCCUCCAUCCAAGAGAAGAUCUGCUCCAAGCAUGACAAGCUGCUGGAAGUCUACUGUCGCAGUGAUGGCCAGUGCAUUUGUCUGCUCUGUGUGAUGGAUGAACACCAAGGUCAUGACACUGUUUCAGCCGCAGCAGAGAGGAAAGAGAAACAAAAACAAUUUGGAAAGAAAAAACAAAGAUACCAGCAGGGAAUACAGGAGAAAGAGAAGCAGCUGAGACAGCUGAGACAGAACAUGAAAGCACUGCAGUGUUCUGGAGAUGCAGCGGUUGAUCAAAAUGAGAAAGCCUUCGCUGAAAUUGUCCAGAUGGCGGAAAAAAGACGAUGUGCCAUGAAAGAGCUGAUCAGAGUUCAGGUGAAGGCUGCGAUGAGCCGAGCUGAGGCAUUUGUGGACCGGCUGGAGAAGGACAUCUCUGAACUGAGGAAGGGAGAGGAUGAUUUGAAGCAGCUGUCAAUGACUGAGGACCACAUCCAUUUCCUGCAGCACUGCCAGUCCAUCUUCGAUGGUCCAGAACCUGACAUGUCCUCUGAUUUGAACAUCCAUCUACACACACCUUUUGACUUUGUGACAAAGGCUAUUUCUAAUGCGAGAGACGAAAUGGAAAACAUGUCUAAAGUGAUUGCAGAGAUAUCUGAGACAAUUCAAGCUGAUUCUGAUCCUAAGACAAGACAGGAGUUCUCCCUUUAUUCCUGCCACCUCAGUUUGGAUCCCAACACAGCAUUUGAAAACCUUUUGCUCUCUGAGGGAAACAGCAAAGUAACCUGGAUAAAGAAAGCCCAGAAGUAUCCAUACCACCCACAGAGAUUCACCAAAUAUGACCAAGUGUUGUGCUCCGAAGGUUUAUCUGGAGUUUGCUACUGGGAGGUUGAGUGGCGGGGGUCCAGGGUUGAGGUCGCUGUGUGCUACAAAGGGGCAGAGCUGGAUGAAAGUGGCUUUGGAUACACAGUUCAGUCCUGGUGCAUUUCCCUUUCAAAUAUUGGUUGCACCUUUUGGCACGGUGGAAGCCCAACCAAAAUAUCCAACCAUUGCUCCUCUACCGUAGGAGUGUAUCUGAACCAUAAGGUAGGGAGCCUGUCCUUCUACAGCGUGUCUGAAUCUGGUCAAAUGAUGCUCCUUCACAGAGUUCACACCACAUUCUCCCAGCCUCUGUACCCUGGGUUCAUGGUCUCCAAAGGGGCCUCAGUCAGGAUAAUGUCACCAAAGUAAAAGGCAUUCACUGUCAAGGUCUCUUGAGUUAAGCAUCAGUAUUACAGUAUGGUCAUUCACUCCAGUCAAGUGUUGCCUUUUUUUUUUUUUUGUUGCUUAUUGUUUGAUUAUAAUCUGUAAAAUGUUACAUUUGCAAGCAAAACGCUGAAGGUAAAAAGGUGAGGUUUCUGUGUGUAUCUUACAUGUUUCUCAUCUUGUAAUUACUCAAUUUAAACUGUAAAUUCAGCAAGUUAUUACUCGUAAUUGUUAGUAAAUAGAUUAACUAGAUAUACAAAUGUUCAUAACAGAAGCCUUGCUAUGUGUUUAUUAUGUUAAUACAAUCUUUAAACAUUCAGUGUUAAGUAAAUGGUUUUACCCAGUUACUAGAAAAAAGGUUGGCAUUGUAUGUUUCUGCAAACCAUGGAUUACAUUUGCACAUGAUUACAAUCCCUGCUGGAUAGGCAGUACUGUACCUGUAAAAAACAACUGGUUUUCAUGCCACUAUCCCACAAAACACCCAUGUCUGGCGCCUAACAAGCUGCUGGAAACACAGCCCAGGACUUGCAAAAUCACAACUGGUUUUGUUUGUUGGUCUUGAACACUGGUCUGCAGCUUGACAGGCGUCUUGAAGAGGUUAAUUGGGACUUAUAGUACUUGUGUGUCAGCUCUGUGGAGAGCGUAUGGGAUUUAUACUUCUGCAUUGAAUGAAGGUUGUAUCUACGGCAUAGGCUCUGUGUCGACGUAGAGCCUAUGCCGUACACUGCACCUCCCCAGAUAUGUAACCACAUGUGUAACCACACCAUUUCUCUCAGUGGAAACGAAGCUUUCGUUUAAUUUAAUUUCAUAGAUAAGAAACAAUUAGUUGUGAAGACAGAAAGGCCUCCACAAAAUAGCAUUUUAAAUCUUGUGUGUGUUUUAUCCUGGCUUCAUAUGAGUAGAGGAAAUCUCCGCUACUUGCUAGGCUAAUUUAUACAAUGUUAAAUGCUACAGGCUUAUGCUAAUAACAUUAGGAUGUUGUAUUUGUUUGAAAAACAUGUUUAACAUAAGACAGUUUUGUCGGGGGACCUUGUGAGCUGUAAUGGAACCAAAUUUUGAUACAUUACAUUUGUUAAAUGUUGCUGUCGUUCCUGACUUCAUAUGAGUAGAGGUCUGCUAGCCACGACGCUAAUUUAUACGAUGUAAAAUGCCAUCAACUGCCAUCCGCCAUCUCCUUAACCUCCUGAUGACAAAGUCAGCUGAUUUAAUACACCACUUUAGAAAUGUUGAUAUGAUACAUAUGAAACCUGCAAAUGUAACAUAAUCAUGGUUUGCAGAAAUGUACAAUGUCAACAUAAUCUUCUGGCAGCUGGCCUGUUCAUUCAAACUAACUGAAUAAUGCAAAUAAUGGUAUGAACAUGGAGGUAUUGCACAGUAAAUCAGCAUGCAAAAAUAAGCUGUGAUUGCUUGUUUGCUUCAUAAUUUUAUACCCUGGAAAUGUCCUGGUGUAUAGUUUAAUAAGGAUAAAUUAUAUGUUUUGUCAAUCCAAAUACUUAUGGCAGCAUUAGUAUGGACCCAUGUGAGGCACACUAGUUGUGCUUCUAGCAAAUGAGUACAUUUAUUAGGAAGUUAUAGAGAUUUAAAGUAGAUACGGACAUUUCAUGUGAUCUGUUAUUUUUCUUAUUUUGAUGUUAAAAAAAAUCAAAAGAAAAAAAAACAGAUUCAUCUUGGUGUCUCCAUAUCUGUUGGUUAGUCAGGGUGCAUCAGCGUGCUGUGCUGUCUACCACAUUUUCUG